UGUCCGCCAUUAAAAAUGGCUCCCCCUCUUCUUCCUUCUCCCCAUCACUGCUCGAUUUCUCCGAUGAAACUCGGUCGACCCGACAUCGUUAAUGGCUAUCUUCUUCAAUCACUCCAUCCCCAUGAACCUUGGGACUUUGGACUCCCUUCUUCUUCCACCUCCCUCACCCCCAUAUUCCAUAACCACACCUUCAACUUACACUGCAACGAGUUCCCAUACUCGGUCGACCAUGUCAACGACUUACUGGAGUCCAGCGCCGAGGAGACUGCCAAUGGCGAAGAGCUUCGAGUUCAUGCAGACCAUGGAAGAAGUAAAGAUGUUGAGGAUCAUGGUUUAACUUUGAUCAGCCUCCUCUUCGAGUGUGCCGUUGCCAUCUCCGUUGAUAACCUCGUCGAGGCGCAACGAAUGCUUCUUGAGCUCACUCAAAUGGCGUCGCCAUACGCGGUAUCGAGUGYGGAGCGUUUGGUUACAUACUUUGCGGCUGCCAUGUCUAGCAGAGUCAUGAACUCCAUAUUGGGUAUUUGCUCUCCUUUACUUAACUACAAAAGCAUAAACAACUCCUUCCAACUUCUCAACAAUGUUUCACCAUUCAUAAAGUUUGCUCAUUUGGUUUGCAACCAAUCUAUACUUGAAUCUCUCUCCCUCCAUGACGAUCGGGUUCACAUUAUCGACCUCGACAUCAUGCAAGGCUUGCAAUGGCCACCGCUUCUGCAAGCUCUCGCCAUGAAAAUAGACGAUAACCGCCCUCGCCAUGUGAGGAUCACCGCCAUGGGCACGACCCUGGAGCUUCUGGUGGACACRGGGAAGCGACUCUCUGACAUUGCUCGACUGCUUGAGUUAUCUUUCGAGUAUAACCCCAUUGUUGCAAAGGUUGGAAAAGUUGAGGCAUCGAUGGUGAAACUCCGGCGAGGGGAGACUCGAGUUGUGAAUUGGGUUCGACACCGUCUUUACGAUGCUACCGAACCAGAUUGGAAAACUAUGGGACUCAUUCAACAAUGGGGGCCUAAAGUUUUCACACUAGUGGAGCAAGACGUGUGCUAUGGAGGUGUGUUUUUGGACCGUUUUGUUAGCUCCCUACACUACUAUUCCGCCAUUUUCGACUCGCUUGGAGCUUUCUCGAGUAGUGAUGACUGUGACAGAAAUCRAGUAGAGCACAACAUUUUAUAUAGGGAGAUCAGCAACAUAUUGGCAAUUGGAGAGGAUGAGAAGUUUAGAGAAUGGAGAAGUGAAUUGAGAAAGUGCUUAAUGGAAGUUCCUAUGAGUGCCAACUCCAUGGCUCAAGCUUGGUUGAUGUUGAACAUGUUUUCUAAUAACCAAGGGUUUAGUGUUGCACAAGGACAAGGUGGGACGCUCGAGCUUAGAUGGAAAAAUACUAGUCUCUAUACCGCUUCUGCAUGGACUACUUGUUCCAGCGAGACAACUACUUAAGUUAUCCCAAAUUAAAAUUACAAAUUUAGUCCCCAGACUCUGAAUG